AAGCGUGUUCGCGAGUGCAUUCAAAGCAAGUGAAUUUUUAACAAAAUUUUCGCAUUUAAGCUCUCUUUCUCUCUCUCUUUCUCUCUCCCUCCCUCUUUGUGUCUCUGUAUGCAUAUUCUCCGCAUCUGUAAACAUUCUCUGCGAAUUCAAAUUCUCGUGUGAGCCCUCAAAAUCUUAAAUCUUUUGGAAUUGUACUCUCUCGGGUAGUAAGCGAGCGAAAGCGAAAGCGAGAGCGAGAAAAAGAGAAAAUUGAAUUUUGGUGGCGGGAGCUGCGGAUCUGGUUGAGGAAUAUCACCGGCCGCGUGGGCGGUUUUGGGUAAUGCUCGGUUUUGAGAGAUUGGGUUUAGAUACAAUUUUGUGAAGACUGAAGAGUGUGAUUGCAAUAGGGGUGAACCAAUGAAGAACGGGAUGAUAGAAUGCAGUGUCUGCCAUUCGAAAUUGGUUUCCCCAAAUGCUAGAACAUUUUCAAGAGCUUAUGACCGACAUAAGAGCAGAGUAUCAUCAAAGCAACGUGCCAUCAACGUCCUCUUGGUUGUUGGUGAUUGCAUCCUGGUCGGUUUACAGCCUAUUUUGGUUUACAUGUCCAAGGUGGAUGGGAAAUUCAUGUUUAGCCCAAUUAGUGUCAACUUCUUGACAGAAGCUGCAAAGGUUCUAUUUGCGGUUGUUAUGCUUAUGUUCCAGGCAAAGCACCAAAAAGUUGGAGAGAAGCCUCUUCUCUCAUUUUCUACAUUUGUACAGGCAGCUCGCAACAAUGUUCUUCUAGCUGUCCCAGCUUUUCUGUAUGCUAUCAAUAACUAUCUAAAGUUCACCAUGCAGCUGUAUUUCAAUCCUGCAACAGUGAAGAUGUUAAGCAAUCUCAAGGUUUUGGUGAUUGCUGUGUUGCUAAAGAUAAUAAUGAGGCGACGGUUUUCUGUACUUCAGUGGGAGGCUCUUGCUUUGUUGCUCAUUGGGAUUAGUGUAAAUCAGUUGCGUUCUUUACCUGAAGGUACUACUGCAAUGGGCCUUGCUGUUGGAACAGGCGCAUAUGUUUACACAUUGAUCUUUGUAACAGUUCCAUCAUUGGCCUCGGUCUACAAUGAGUAUGCUUUGAAGAGCCAAUAUGAUACAAGCAUAUAUCUUCAGAACUUAUUUCUGUAUGGAUAUGGUGCUAUCUUCAAUUUUCUAGCAAUAUUGGGAACCGUUGUUGUCAAAGGUCCCAGUAGCUUUGACAUCCUGCAAGGUCAUUCUAAGGCAACCAUGCUUCUAAUAUGUAACAAUGCAGCCCAAGGGAUUUUGUCCUCUUUUUUCUUCAAAUAUGCAGAUACAAUCCUGAAGAAGUACUCUUCAACAGUGGCCACAAUCUUCACAGGCAUUGCAUCUGCAGCAAUGUUUGGUCAUACUUUGACUAUGAAUUUUCUGUUGGGAAUUUCUAUUGUGUUCAUCUCGAUGCACCAGUUUUUUUCAUCCCUUUCAAAAGUCAAAGAUGACCAGCAGAAUGGAGUGGCGGAACUAGUGGAUGUUCAAGACAACCACAGGUCAAAAGAUUCAUUCGUAAAUAUGGCAGCUGGAGCAAAUGAAGAGGUUACUCAUCGUGUCGGACAUGAUGACAGGCAGCCUCUACUUCCCACAUAGAGUACACUAAGACAUGUUACAUUAGAAAGGAAUUUUCUUGGAAGGAAUUCUUUUGGCAUGACUUCCAUAGAGGAGAUGAGUCAAUUGUCAAAAUUACAAAUAAAAGUCAAUUUUUUUAAAGAACUAUUUUUUCUCGUUAGAUAUCUGUUUCCUGCUUCUUUUGUUGGUCCCUUCUGCCUGGUUGCAACUUGCAACUGAGUUUCCAUCAUAAGAUCAUCUGGGUUUUGGCUGCUGGAGGCUCAGAGGUUAGCAACAUGGGUAACUAGAUGCCUAGUUCAUGAUAUAUAGCCUGCCAUUUUACGUGUAUUCUUUAUCUUACAAUAUUUCAGUUUUUUUUUUUUUUUUUUCGCUUGUGCUUUCCCAAAUGUUAAUUUUUCUUUUUGUCUCCUUUUAGAAUUAGGGAUCAUUAUGCAACCUACAGUUGAAAGAGAGAGAGAAAGAGAGAAAUACCCCUUUUGUCUUCAUACUGAAAUGCUAUUUAAAUUGUAUUAUCUUUACAUUUGAAACAUUCAAUUGUUCAUUUUUUUUCUUAAAAAAAAAAAUAGCAAUCCUCAGUUAAUUAAA